AGCGAAUCAGAAAUAGUUUGGACUUCACUCCGGAAGUGAAGACAUUUUCUUCACUAAAGGCCCAGAUUCACGCCUUGAGCGAUAAGGUAAGGAGACGGACUGUCGGAAAAUAGCAGGCGAAAUGCAUAGCAAAGAAUGUCCAGGAUAACACAGGCGGGGCUUUUAUAAUGUUACGUUACAUUUUCUAGCCAUUUAUCGUUCGUGUAAUUGAAAUUCACUAGAGACGAAGCAGCACUUGUUUGUAUGCGAAACAUCUCGCGCCACUGUUACCUGGCAACGUCGGUUAGCCGAGUGGCUAAGCUUGUUUAUUUAACCGAGCCUUUAAAAUACGGUAACAACUCGUUAAAAUUACCUGUGGCUUUUUAGUUAAUGUUACCCGCAUUCAGCGCGCGGUAAUCCGAGUCACGCUCCUUUAGCACAUCUCGGUAGUCUGCUAACGGAGUUAGCAUUAGCCGGUAAAAUUUCACUUUCCAUUUUAAGUCGUCGUGGAUAUGCAGUGUUUGUUUACCAUGUAUUUACAUGGAUUGAAUUCUUUAGAUUACUGUAAUUAAUUCUUAUAAACAAAUACAGUAAACAUUAAGCCUUAUAAACGGUAGGCAACACCUGAACAGUAUAUACAAAUCUUUGUCUGUAUGUAGUUUGUGUAUGUGUGAGAGUGACUAAUAUGUAUGUACUAUGUAUGUUUAACUUCUCCUUAUUCGUCCACAAUUGACCGAAACGUACACCGUCCUGCCUCGGGCCGGCAUCGUGGACUGAGUGCUUGGGUGUUUUUUCCACCGUCAGCGCCUUAAUAGAUACGGUGCCCUCCUCAAUAAUAUUGCUAAAAUAAUUACGAAAGCUUUAUACUUUCUAGCAAAACCUCUCUCAUGGUGGUAUUUUGAUCCACAGCCUUGCUUCCUUUGGUGUAAUUUCUGCUUUGUUUUGGGGGGUGUAUGCAGUUACUGUACUUCUGGUCGACUCUCGUUCUCCUUCAUGAAGCUCCAUUUGAAGGCUCAGUAUAUUCUUAGAACAUUUAGCCCCAUAAGAAAUGCCACACUUUUUACAGUUCUUUUUGGGGAUUUCUUACUGUUUUACUGGUAUAUUGUUUUCAGUCUUCUUGCUUGAAUGUCAUUUUGCUUAAGAGUUGUCAUCUAAUGUCCCAUGUCUUUAAAAAUAGCUAAUGCAGUUGUCCUUUACAUGAUUAGGUAAUCAUUCAUUCGGGAUAUUAUAAUCUGUCUUCUGCAUUUCCUCAACCCUUUGAAUGAUAUCUGCAGCCAUUUGAAUGGCGAUCUCCCCUCCCCCACACAUGCAAGGCCUGUAGCCUUCUCCCGACUCUGCGUUAGAUCCGUUCAGAGCUUUGGCGUUGUCCCUCCCGUUUUUGUUUCAGUGUGAUGGUCAUAUGCCAGUGAUUGCUGAAUUCCAGAUAUUUGAAUGUGUGCUACUUCGCAGAGCGACACUCAACUUGAAAUCAUCCUGGUGGACGUUCAUGAGCUGUUCUUAGCUAGCACUGGAUGUGUGCUAUGGAGUAUGCUAGGUCUAAAUGCUGAAUGAUUGUGUUUCUGCAGAGAUAUUGCAUACCAUCACAGAAGAGGAGUAUCCCUUUCACUAAGUUGACUUUAUCUUUUGGUCUUAAAAGUUUGGCUUAUCCACUGAAUUCAUCCUCAACCAUCUGAGACUUUGAGACUUUUUUGUUGUUUUUUUUUUUUUUUUUUUUGAGCCUGCGGCUUUGUUUCCUUCUUGGGCCUGUCUCUCCUCCCACCUUGCAGAGUCAUCCUCCAGCCUUUGUGAGGCAAUGUCCCAGAAGGUUCCUUCUGAUGGAGCGCAGAAAGGCUUUGCUGUGGGACGGGGGCUCCUGGCCGCGGCCGAGACCCUUAACUUCAGCAUGAGCGAGCGCCGCUCUGAUGGGCUCUACGGCAUCCCCUCCCGGCCCUCUUAUGGCAUGGCAUCGGCUCUUGGUGGUGGGGAGGGUAAAGACCGUGAUGCACCGAUGUCGCGUGGCCAUAGCGGUGGGGGGGGCGGAGUUGGUGGAGGCGGUAGCGGCGGCGGCCACCUUAGCAGCACGAUGAAGCUCUUUAACAGCCUGGGGCUCUCGCCCACCGACGUGGACGCGCUGUCACAGAUCCCCGAGGAGAACAUCAGCGUGGAGACCUUGCCGCAUCUUAUCAUGCAGCUGAAGAGCCGCAAAGCAGAGGCCGGUCGCCGCAUGGGGGGCAGUGACCCCCGGGACUUGCCAUCCCUCUCCCCUGAACGCUCAUACAGGCCAAGCCGGGAUGACUGGGAUGACAUCCGGGGCGGCCGCAUGGGUGGUUCCGGAGGACAGGGCCUUGGGCAUGGCCAGCAGGUUGACUACGGCUACAACUCUAUGCAGGAAGGCCCAUCUAGGGGCUACGAUCGCAUAGACUAUGGUGAGAGCAGCAGCGGAGGGGGCAGGGACCGGCCGUAUUCCGAGCUUUCCCGCGAUCGCUACGGUGACCUCGGCUUGGGAUCCUCAUCCUCGUCUAACAGCUUUAUGCCGCGACGGACCGGCGCCCCCUCCCACGGCAAAGUGCAGGACUUCUUGGGAGUCAUGCCACAAAUGUUCCCACACGUGUGCUCUCUUUGUGACUUUGAUGUGCACUCCACCAUGGAAUGGACUCAGCACACAAAUGGACUGCGACACAGUGAAAACCGUAGGAUCCUCCUCCAAGUGUAUCCGGACUGGCGACCACAAGAGGCCUCAAGCAGAGUGUCAGGGUCACUCCUGCUGGAAACAACCAACCGUUCAGAUGGAAUUCUGGGUCCGGCUCCCCUUGUCCAGGGUCCACAUAGAGGCGGGAUGAACUCCAACUGGGGUCUUGGAGCGAUGAACCAAGGACAGGGUCUCUUACCCCCACCUAAGAUACGGAGCAGAGUCGUGGUGGCCAAGUACGAGCGGAAGCCUUUGACGCUGAACAGCUUGCUGGUGCUGGCACAGCCCUUCGGGACCGUCUGCGAGCACCUGGUGCUGAAGAACAAGGCAUUCUUGGAGAUGCAGACUCACGAGGAGGCCGUGGCCAUGGUCACCUUCUACCAACGCAAGCCGGCCGUGAUGCACGGGAAGGAGAUAACCUUCUACCUUUCCCGGGAGCUGGUGGUAAUCGAGAAGGGCAACAGACCUGACAAAGACCCCAGAGAUGUGAAGGGCAAGGCCAGCCAGGUGGUUUUCUUUUCCAACCUGCCCAGGGAGAGAGAGAAGAAGUCCGAGCUGUUGACUCUGGCACGGCGAUUUGGCACGGUGGAGAAAUACCUAUUCCUGAGCGAAGAGGCGUUUGUGCAGCUGGGCACCCCUGAAGAUGCUGAAAUGAUGGUGAAGUAUUAUACUCUACACCCACUGACCAUCAGAGGCCGGAGCAUCAGGCUAAACAUCUGCACCAAGUAUAAGACCUUGAUAGUGAACCCCUCCAGGAACAUGGACAGACAGGAUUUCAGCAGAAGGAGCAGCAGUGGCUCAGGCAUCAGAAGCUACUCAAAGAGCCAAAAAUCGCCAUCUUCUGGGGACAGGGUUGCCAGAAGCAAGGAGCAGUCUGCAUCCAAGGAGGAGGAGCUAAAGGCUGACGACAUCGCCAUGCCGGAGGGCGGUGAGGGCUCCGGAGACGAGGUGGCUGGUGUGAUAGAGGCUGAUGACAUAGAGGAAGGUGACCACGAGGAAGCCGGCGACGAGGAGGAAAUGGUUGCUGAGAUGGACCUGGACCAGCCCGAGCCUCCCGCCUUGGAGGCCGGGGCCCAGGUGGAAGAAGAGCCCCCUCCCCAGGCCGCGGAUGCCGGCAUGGGGACGGAGCAAGCUGGCGAUGCGGGGUCCUUGGACGCGUCUGCCGGAGCUGCCUCGGAGCCAUUGGGACAGGAGGAGCAGGUGGAACAAGCAGAGGCUUCCCCUGAGGAGGAAGCUGAGGGCAAAGGUGAUUCGCUGCCCGCAGAACCUUCUGGAAGCUUGGAGACUCAAGGGGAGGAGCCGAUGCCAGAUCAGGAUGUCCCAAAUGAACAGGACUUUCCAGAGAACAUGGAUGACUUUGUGACUCUGGAUGAGGUAGCAGAGGAGGAGGAUAGUGACACCCAGCUGAAAUCGGGGGACGCGCCUACAGGAAGCCCAGGCAGAAGUGGGGGGUUGAGGGUCGUCAACGUGGUAGGAUUCAAACGUGGCUACAACUUCCUUGAUGAAAUCCUGAUGCUGGCUAAACCUUUUGGGAAAGUGGUUCGACAUUUGGUGCUGAAAGUGAGACCCGAGGCUUUCUUGGAACUGUCUUCGGAAGAGGAAGCAAGAGCGAUGGUUGACUUUUACAGCGGCAACGUGACGCCGAUGGUGUGCGGGAAAGCCGUCAAGAUCUACCAUUCACAGACCUACGCUACGAUCCAGAACGGACGGGUCAUCUAUGUAGGCCAGCUCCCACCCUUCCAAUCAUCAGAUGCCUCGCUCCUGAAAAUUGCAGAGCCCUUUGGGAAAGUGAGACGUUAUUUCCUCAACCGAAUCCGCAACGAGUGUUUUAUCGAAAUGAAAAGAGAUGAGGAUGCGGAGAGAAUGGCCAGUGCUUACAAGGACAAUCCACCAAAAUUUCAUGGGAAGCGGUUGACCGUGUAUUUGAGUCGGAAGUACAAGCAGCUUAAACAUGGAUACAGACCACCAAAACCAGACUCUGACGAGGAGAGACCCCUGAAGCGGGAGCGAUCAGAGGAGAAGGAGGACGCUUCUCCGAAGCCCAAGAUCAAGAAGGAAGAGGAGCCCCCGGCCAAGAAGACGUGUGUGCGGGCAGAGUCGGCCCCUGCAGAGAAGCCCGGUUCCCCUGAUGAAGACCAACCCCAGCAGGAGGGAGAGAAACGGCAAGAUGAGGAGGGUCAGGGAGGUAACACUGAGGCCCCCAGUGACCAGAAGACUGAUGAUUCUGAGCCACAAGCCAGCCAGGCCUCUGGUGCGGCAGACAGCCAGAAGGACGCCCAGGAGGAGUGUAAAGCCGACAGCACAGACACCGCGCCUACGAAUGGAGUGAGUGAGAAAGGUGUUGAAAAUCCCUGCACCAAGACACAGGCCGAGAGAAGUGUGCCAGAGCCUCUGGGGCCGUACCAGCCCAACAAUCCCGUGGGUGUGGAGUACGUGAAGAUGGGGUACUACUGCAGGGUGUGCUUCCUCUUUUACUCCAACGAGGAGACUGCCAAGAAGGUGCACUGCAGCAGCUUGUCCCAUUAUGAGAAACUCAAGAAAUACCUCAGUAAAGACAAGACCAAAACUCAGCAUCCCUCCAAACAAGAGGCGGACGAAUUCCACGGCGUGAUGCCCCAAGCGUUUCCUUACGCAUGCUCUCUCUGUGAUAUCGUCAUGCUCUCCGAAAGGGACUGGACUUCACACAUAAAUGGGUCUCAACAUGCAGACAGUCAGCUCAAGCUGCUUCAGAUGUACCCGGACUGGGACUGUCGGAGUGACUCAGCCAAAGGGGGCCAGAGACAGUUGGGGGCAAAGAGGGAGGUGGACACAGCUGAAAGGAAUAGACAUGGAUCCGCUCAACUCCCAGCUGCAAGACCCAUCAGUGGUGAAAAAUGGCGAUCUGGGAAGGAUGAGGAGAGAAGUAAAGUAAUCCGUGUGAAAUUCCUCCCUGAUGCUGUGGAUGAGAGCUACCUUAUGAAGCUGGUUCAACCAUUUGGGGGCGUAGUAAAUGUUUCAGUGUUCCCAACAAAGGCUUUCUUGGAGAUGAAGACUUUCCAGCAGGCAGAAGACAUUGUGAAGUUCUUCAGCAAGAAUCCAGCUAUGGUGCAUGACAGCCAAGUCCAGUUUAAUCUGUCUACCACUUAUACAUUUUCCCAGAGCUCCAGAGUCGUGUGCUUCUCCAGGCUGCCACCCGGGAAGGAGAAGAACACAGAGCUGAUCGCAAUGGCGAAACGUUUCGGACAAGUGAAACACUCAUUGUUCCUGCCGAAUCGGGUGUUUGUGGAAAUGACAAACAAAGAUGACGCAGACAAGCUGGUGGUACAUUAUGCCUCCCAUCCUCUCAAGAUGAAAGGCAAAAAUGUCCUUGUUUCCUACUCGACAGAGUACAGCACUCUGAAAGAGGAGAGCCCUGACACGAAUUCCGAAGGAAGCGAGACGUUAAAUUCAUACUGUAGGAGGGGAUCUCCCAGCCCGAGGAGGUCUCCCAGCCCGAGGAGGUCUCCCAGCCCGAGGAGGUCUCCCAGCCCGAGGAGGUCUCCCAGCCCAAGGAGGAAGUCCAGUGAGAUGGAGGAUAGCUCCAAGCCUCCAGACAUCACCACCGAGCUCCCACUUCUGUCUGAAGCAGAGACUCCAGCAGACUCAGUCAAGGAGACACCUUUGGAAAUCCAAGGCAACGACAGUGACAUUGUGAAGUCAGAGGGCUGCCUUGAUGUUGGGACCUCACCGUCUCCAGACAGGAACCAAGAGUGUCGGGAAAGGAACUGGGAAGGACACAGUGAUCUGGACAGUGACAUAGAAGGCAUGGAGGUAAUUGGUGAGGAUCAGGAGGAAGGAAUGCCUGAUGAAGUUCUCCUAGAAUUGGAAUGCAGAAAUUCGGUGGAGGAAGCAGAGCCCAAAGGAGAAUGCAGGGAAGAUGUAAAGGUUGGUCCUGUGGAGGCUAAUUCCUCAGACUUCCAGCCUGAGGACAAACAGACUACUGAAGUUACAACAUUGAGCUAUGAGUCACCAGAGCUUCAAACAGAAGAUCCCAGUGAUGCACCUUCAGCAAGCGGAAUGCCGGCUCAUGUACAAAUAGCCAUUGAGGAGGAGGAACCUGGUGUCCCUGAGAGUCUGGACCAGUGCAUUACUCUGGACGAGCUUGAGGACGAAGAUGAAGAGGAACUUGGGAGGGCCUCUAUAUCGAUGCACGAUUCUGAAGAAGCGGCAGAAGAAACCUGCAAGGAUGAAGCUGAGGAGUAUUUCAGCGGGAAAGUGAUCUACAUCAAAAACCUUCCCAAAACCUACUACACCGAUUCGCAGUUUGUGAAGAUCGUGAAGGGUUUCGGGACGGUGAAGCGCUACUUCCUGAUUCGUACUCGGCAAGAGGGCUUCAUCGAAAUGGAGACACACGAGGAAGCCCAGAGAGCGGUUAAGGAGCUGGUGCUGAGGCGGACGGAGAUACGUGGCUGCCCUCUGGUCUUCCAGCUGUCGAGGAAGUACCUGGCACUGACAAGGGGGUGGAGUCCUGAGCCUGACUGUGAGGAGGAGGGGGAGAGUAGGACAGAGCAGAGGAUGAAGAGCAGAAGGGAGACCGGCUAUUCUGACUCACCGUCUAAGUCCACGGGGAUCCAGGAGGAAGUGCCUGCCAAGAGACAGUGCAUGCGGGCGGAAGAGGCCUCACCUGAGAAGCCUGAGGCACGCAAUCAACAACUGCCCCAACAGCAGCAGCAACUGCCCCAACAGCAGCACCAACUGCCCCAACAGCAGCACCAACUGCCCCAACAGCAGCAUCAACUGCCCCAACAGCAGCAGCAGGAAAAGCUGAAGGAGAAGCAGCAGAGGAGCAGCAGCCAGAAGGAGGUUAAUUUAAUUACAGAGGAUUCUGAGACAAAGGCCAACCAGCCCUCUGACUGCCUGGAUGGUGGGAGGGACGUGCGGCAGAUUCCCAGCCCUAAGAGCCCCAUAACACAGGCCAGAGACAGACCAGAGGGUCACACCACAGAGGACAAAGCGAAGGACAAGCCAGAGCCAACAGCAGAGCCUACCGCUAACCCCCUUGUACCAUACCAGCCUCACACCCCCUUGGGCCAAGAAUUUGUGCACCCUGUCGUCUGCUACAUCUGCAGACUUUGCAAUGCCAUCUACACCAGUGAAGAUGAAGCGAAGAAUGAGCACUGCAGCAGCCUCUCUCACUACGAGAAGCUGAAGGUACACCUGGAGCGUGGCACUACCUCAGGACUCCCACUCAAUAUGGAGAAGCUGCCAGAGUAAUUUGGUCUAUCUGCUAUCGUAAUGAGGAAACCCGAAGAACCCUACAGAACUUCAAUGCGACCAAGAUACUGCAUCCCAGGGGAUGGAACAAAAUUGUUUUCAAAAACUUUAUUUGAGGUCUAUUGUUAAAGAAUUUUUCUUUUUUCUGUUAACUUUUUGUAUUAUGGGGUACUAAGUUUUAAAAAGUUAAAAACUUGAUAGUUUGAGAUCUGUGAUGUUUCCCAGCUCCUUAUCGUGUACAUAAGUGUUAUUAUGAAGCACAUGUGACUCAAUAAAUCUGUGUAUUUGGGUUUGUUUAUGAAA